AUGUUUCAGCAAACGAAAGUGUUCGUUGGAAGUUUACCACAGGGAUCGAAGCCAGAGGAUUUGAGAAAACUUUUUGAACGUUUCGGAGUCGUCACAGAAUGCGAUAUAAUGAACAGAUGCGGCUUCGUACACAUGCAGACAGAGGACCAAGCAUCAGCCGCCAUACGAGCCUUGAACAACUCCUCAUUCAAUGGCGGCGUCAUAAUCGUCGAACGCGGUAGGAUUAAGGAACGGGGACAACGAAGCGGCGGUGGACGCGGCGGCAUGAGGGGUGGCAUGCGAGGAUCGAUGGACCGGCGAGGCGGAGGCCCAAUGCGCGGGGGUCCGCCGCCGCGCGACGCUCCAUACCCACCGAUGCGGGAUUCCCGCGGAAUGGGUCCCAUGAGAGGGGCUGAUAUGCGUGGCCCGCCAAUGGGAGGAGGCGGUAUGGGUAUGAGAAACGGAAUGGGUGGCGGAGCCCCGUACGACCGCGGCAUGGAGCGCCCUCCCAUGGGUGGCGGGUAUGACGACCGCUACAACGGUUACGGAGGAGAAGACCGUCGCGGGUUCGCGUUAAUGGACGGACGCGGCGCCAGGGACCAAUACGGCGCUCCGCCCCCGAUGUACCCUGACGACAGAAGAGGUUACGGUGCUCCGGUAGACGAUAUGGCCCCCAUGUACCCUGAUGACAGACGUGCGCCCAUGUACCCCGAUGAAAGAGACAUGAUCGACAGGCGAGCCCCGAUGAGAGGUGGACCCAUGCCGAUGUCUUCAGGAUACGACCGAGCGCCGCCCCGCGCCGCUCCCAUGGGCAACGGAGACAUGUACAGCAGGAGAACACCACCACCCAUGCGUGGAGCUGGUUCAGCGGGUGGCUAUGACCGAGACCCCUAUGGCCAGGCGUACCCCCCCAUGGGACGGCAUCGAAGGGCACAAGUUUGA